AUGAAUAACCAAUUAAUUGAAAAGAUCGUCGAAGGUAGUGGUGAGACGUGCCCAGAGCUAGCAUUUGCUAAUGCACUUUUAGACAAAAAUGUCGCUAAGGCGUUGUCGAAGAGCUUUGUGAAGAUUCUGAACUUGUCUAAAGACAGUUCAAACGUUAACAACAACCUGAGACAUACGAUAUUGGAAAACAUAAGGAAAUUGUGCACUGUGCAACCAGAAGGGCAUCUGCCAGCUGACGAAAGUGUGACUGAAGCUCUCUCGGAACUUUACACCAACCAUAUCGCAUCGACUUCGUUGGAGUCUGCUGACAAAGACCUGGACGCCUUCAUCAUGAGAAGAUUCAAGUCCCUACAAAUAGAACCGCAGCAUCAAUCUAAUGUAAACCCAGAGAUCAUCCAAGCUUUACUUAAUCUCAAUGAAAAUGGUGUAUAUCUCGAAUUAUUGUCAAAAGAUAUUGUUCACAUGAACCAAGACAAAGGUAAUGUCAUUAAUCUCCUAAAAUCCAUUUGGGAUUAUGAUGGUAUGGAUGUUGCUUAUGAUGAUGUUUCAAUUAAAAUGAAGCCUGAAAUUGAAAAACUGCUACUGCAGACUUGCCAUGGUAUUUUAGAUAACAGUACCACAAAUGUAGAGAACAUUUUAAACAGUAAAGAUGAAAUAGUUCAAUUAAUCAAAAGGUGUGCAGUAUCAGCUGAAUGUUUCCAGAUUUGUUGUGGUAUAUUUAAUUUUCUAUUUAUUAUGACAAACUUUGAUUUAGUAUUGCAAGAUUUCAUCCAGUCUUUUGUAAAACAAGUUAAAUCGCUAUGCCCUAAAUUAACUUACAGUAUAUUAUACCCAGUUCAUAUAAAUUAUGUUGUUGUUCUACUAGAUAUUGAUAUUAAUAGUUUACCGGAACCGGUAAGAUGUGGUUAUACUACGCCCACCCUAAAGCAUCUGCAAAAUGUCCGUGAUAAUUCUGAAUAUGAUUUCAUCAUGUUAUUGUCACAUUUCCCACAGUGGUUUGAUAUUUAUUUCCACACACCUAUGGAGAAGUAA